AUGGGGCAGCCACUUGCCUGCCUGCUGGCCCUGUGCCUGGCCCUGGCCUCGGCCGAGGGCUCAGAGCUGCGGAGAGAGGGCAGAGCCCGGAACCACGGCCACAACGUCUGCAGCACCUGGGGCGACUUCCACUACAAGACCUUCGACGGCGACGUGUUCCGCUUCCCCGGCCUCUGCGACUACAACCUGGCCUCCGACUGCCGCGCCGCCUACAAGGAGUUCGCCGUGCACGUGCAGCGCAGCCCCGGCCGCGCCGGCGGCCACCCGCGGCUCGAGUACAUCCUGCUGACCAUCAGAGACGACACCAUCUACCUCACCCGCCAGCUGGUCGUGGUGAACGGGGCCAUGGUCAGCACCCCGCACUACCGCUCGGGGCUGCUCAUCGAGCAGAGCGACGCCUACACCAAGGUCUUCUCCCGCGCCGGCCUCACCCUCAUGUGGAACCGGGAGGAUGCGCUCAUGCUGGAGCUGGACAGCAGGUUCCGGAACCACACGUGCGGCCUCUGCGGCGACUACAACGGCCUGCAGACCUACUCGGAGUUCCUGUCCGAUGGCGUGCUCUUCAGUGCCCUGGAGUUUGGAAAUAUGCAGAAGAUCAACAAGCCCGGGGCGGAGUGCAACGACCCCGAGGAGGUGUCAGCCCCCAAGUCCUGCUCUGAGCACCGCGCCGAGUGCCAGAGGCUGCUGACGGCCGAGGCCUUCGAGGGCUGCCUGGACCUGGUGCCGCUGGAGCCGUACGUGCAGGCCUGCGCCCAGGACCGCUGCCAGUGCCCAUCCGGCACCGCCUGCGUGUGCAGCACCCUCGCUGAGUUCUCCCGCCAGUGCUCGCACGCCGGCGGGCGGCCCGGGAACUGGAGGACAGCCUCGCUCUGCCCCAAGACCUGCCCCCGAAACAUGGUUUACCUGGAGAGCGGCUCGCCCUGCGUGGACACCUGCUCCCACCUGGAGGUCAGCCACCUGUGCGAGGAGCACCGCAUGGACGGCUGCUUCUGCCCCGAAGGCACCGUGUACGACGACCUCAGGGACGGUGGCUGCGUCCCCGUGAGCCAGUGCCACUGCAAGCUGCACGGGCAGCUGUACGCUCCCGGCCAGCAGGUCAGCCACGACUGCGAGCACUGCGUCUGCAACGCCGGCCGCUGGGUGUGCAAAGACCUGCCGUGCCCCGGGAGCUGCGCCCUGGAGGGCGGCUCCCACAUCACCACCUUCGACGGGAAGAAGUACACCUUCCACGGCGACUGCUACUACGUGCUGACCAAGGGCGACCACCCCGACUCCUACGCCCUCCUGGGCGAGCUGGCCCCCUGCGGCGCCACCGACAAGGAGACCUGCCUGAAGACAGUGGUGCUGCUGGCAGACAAGCAGAAGAACGUGGUGGUCUUCAAGUCCGAUGGCAGCGUGCUGCUCAACGAGCUGCAGGUGAACCUGCCCCACGUGACAGCGAGCUUCUCCAUCUUUCAACCGUCCUCCUACCACCUGGUGGUGAGCACCGCCUUCGGCCUCAGGCUGCAGAUCCAGCUGGUGCCCCUCAUGCAGCUGUUCCUGACGCUGGACCAGGCCGCGCAGGGCCGCGUGCAGGGCCUCUGUGGGAACUUCAACGGCCAGGAGGGUGACGACUUCCAGACGGCGGGCGGGCUGGUGGAGGCCACGGGCGCCGGCUUCGCCAACACCUGGAAGGCCCAGUCGAGCUGCCAGGACAAGCAGGACUGGCUGGACGACCCUUGUUCCCUCAACAUCGAGAGUGCCAACUACGCAGAGCACUGGUGCUCGAUGCUCAGAAAGAAGGAGACCCCCUUCGGCCGCUGCCACUCCGCCGUGGACCCCGAAGAGUACUACAAGAGGUGCAAAUACGACACGUGCAACUGCCAGGACAACGAGGACUGCAUGUGCGCCGCGCUGUCCUCCUAUGCCCGCGCCUGCGCCGCCAAGGGCGUCAUGCUGUGGGGCUGGCGGGAGCUCGUCUGCAACAGCGACGUGGGCUCCUGCCCCAAGACGCAGAUCUUCCUGUACAACCUGACCACCUGCCAGCAGACCUGCCGCUCGCUCUCGGAGGCCGACAGCCACUGCGUCAAGGGCUUUGCGCCCGUGGACGGCUGCGGCUGCCCCGACCACACCUUCCUGGACGAGAAGGGCCGCUGCGUGCCGCAGGCCAAGUGCUCCUGCUACCACCGCGGCAGCUACGUGGAGGCGGGCGACGUGGUCCUGAGGCAGGAGGAGCGCUGCGUCUGCCGGAACGGGAGGCUGCACUGCACCCAGGUCAAGCUGCUCGGCCAGAGAUGCGCGGCCCCAAAGAUUCACGUUGACUGUAACAACCUGACGGCGCUGGCCAUCCGGAACCCCCGCCCCGUCAGCUGCCAGACGCUGGCUGCCGGCCAGUACCAGACGGAGUGCAUCAGCGGCUGCGUGUGCCCCGAGGGGCUGAUGGACGACGGCCGUGGGGGCUGCGUCAAGGAGGAGGAGUGCCCCUGUGUGCACAACCAGGACCUGUACAACCCCGGCGAGAAGAUCACCGUGGACUGCAACACCUGCACCUGCCAGAGAGGGCGCUGGGCCUGCAGCCAGAAGGUGUGCCAUGGCACCUGCUCCAUCUACGGGAACGGCCACUACAUCACCUUCGACGGGAGGUUCUACGACUUCGACGGGCACUGCUCCUACGUUGCCGUGCAGGACUACUGCGGCCAGAGCUCUGGGCAGGGCUCCUUCAGCAUCAUCACCGAGAACGUGCCCUGCGGCACCACGGGCGUCACCUGCUCCAAGGCCAUCAAGAUCUUCAUAGGGAGGACGGAGCUGAAGCUGGAGGACAAGCACCGCUCGGUGAUUCACCGGGACGAGGGCCAGCCUGUGGCCUACACCACGCGAGAGGUGGGCCAGUACCUGGUGGUGGAGACCAGCACCGGCAUCAUCGUCAUCUGGGACAAGAAGACCACCAUCUUCAUCAAGCUGGCGCCCUCCUACAAGGGCUCUGUGUGCGGCCUGUGCGGGAACUUCGACCAGCGCUCCAGCAACGACUUCACCACGCGGGACCACAUGGUGGUGGACAGCGAGCUGGACUUUGGCAACAGCUGGAAGGAGGCCCCCACCUGCCCCGACGUGACCACCACCCCCGAGCCCUGCAGCCUGAGGCCCCACCGCCACGCCUGGGCCAAGAAGCAGUGCAGCAUCAUCAAGGGCGAGGUCUUCCACGCCUGCCACAGCAAGGUGGACCCCAAGCCCUUCUACGAGGCCUGCGUGCACGACAGCUGCUCCUGCGACACGGGCGGCGACUGCGAGUGCUUCUGCUCGGCCGUGGCCUCCUACGCCCAGGCGUGCACCAAGGAGGGCGCCUGCGUGUUCUGGAGGACGCCCGACCUGUGCCCCAUCUUCUGCGACUACUACAACCCUCCGGACGAGUGUGAGUGGCACUACGAGCCCUGCGGGAACCGCAGCUUCGAGACCUGCAGGACCAUCAACGGCAUCCACUCCAACAUCUCCGUGUCCUACCUGGAGGGCUGCUACCCCCGGUGCCCUGAGGACCGGCCCAUCUACGACGAGGAUCUGAAGAAGUGUGUCACCAGAGACCAGUGUGGCUGCUACGUGGAGGACACCCACUACCCACCCGAAGCGUCCGUGCCCCCCAAGCACGACUGCCAGUCCUGCGUGUGUACCAACUCCUCGCAAGUUGUCUGCCAGCCGGAGGGAGGGAAGGUUCUCAAUUUCACUCAGGACGGCUCCUUCUGCUACUGGGAGGUCUGUAGCCCCAACGGGACUGUGGAGAAGCACUUCAACAUCUGUGUGUCCACCACGACCCCCGUCUCCUCCCCGACACCCAUCACCACCACCCUCCCCACCACCACCACCACCACCACCACCCCGACCCCGACGCCCAGCACAGUGUCACCGCCCGCCUCCACGACUCCCAAGCUGUGCUGCUUCUGGUCCGACUGGAUCAACGAGAACCGCCCGAGCCAGGGCCCCGGCGGCGGCGACAGGGAGACCUUCGGCAGCGUCUGCCCGGCGCCGGAGGACAUCCAGUGCCGGCCGGCCAAGGCGCCGCACCUCAGCUGGGAGGAGGCGGGCCAGAAGGCGCGGUGCGACCUCUCGGUCGGCUUCCUCUGCAAAAACGAGGACCAGUUUGAAAACGGACCGUUCGAGAUGUGCUAUGACUACGAGAUACGCGUCAACUGCUGUCUGCCAAUGGAUGAGUGUCCUGUGCCCCCACCCUCGACCCCAACACCGACCCCCACCACCACCUCCACCACCACCACCACCCUCAUCCCAACCACACCCACCACCACCACCACUGAGACACCAACCCCAACCCCCACCACCACAGUGACCCCGACCCCCACCCCCACCACCUCACCCACCACCCCCACACCAGAGCCGACCACCACCACCACCACCUCCACACCAGAGCCGACCACCACCACCACCACCCCCACCACCACCACCACCACCACACCAGAGCCUACCACCACCACCACCACCCCAACACCAGAGCCGACCACCACCCCCACCACCACCAUUAUCACCCCCAUACUAGAGCCGACCACCACCACACCAGAGCCGACCACCACCACCACCACCACCACCACACCAGAGCCGACCACCACCACCACCACCACCACCACACCAGAGCCGACCACCACCACCACCACCACCACCCCCACACCAGAGCCGACCACCACCACCACCACCCCCACACCAGAGCCGACCACCGCCCCCACCACCAUCAUUAUCACCUCCACACCAGAGCCGACCACCACCACUGCCACCACCACCUCACCCACCACCUCACCAAUCACCUCCACACCAGAACCGACAACCACCGUGACGACCACUACUACGACAUCCACUGCUACACCAACGCCCACCACGACGCUGACCACCAGCACGCCCGGACCAACAUCCACGCCAUGUAUGGAUGAGUGCCGAUGGACGGGCUGGCAAGACAGUGGGAAACCGAGCUUCGGGGGAUCAGGUGGAGACUUCGAGUCCAUUGAGAAGGCCUGUCAGGAAGGCUGGGCAGCCAACAUCUCCUGCAGAGCCGUCAUGUUUCCGGAUCGUCCCAUCGGAGCCCUGGGACAGAAGGUGCUGUGUGACCUCGAAGAGGGGCUGGUGUGCAGAAACCAAGACCAGCUAGGGAUCCCCGGCGGCAUUCCCAUGUGCUACAACUAUGAGAUCAACGUCUACUGCUGUGGGUACUGCUCUACCACCACCACAGUGACCCCGACACCCACACCCACCACCACCACCCAUAGCCCCACCACCACCACCACCCCAGUGCCCUCCACCACCACACCCACCAUCAGCUCAACAGAGAUACCAACCACCACCCCCCAUAGCACCACCACCACCGCCACCCCAGUGCCCCCCACCACCACACCCACCAUCACCUCAACAGAGAUACCAACCACCACCCCCCAUAGCACCACCACCACCGCCACCCCAGUGCCCCCCACCACCACACCCACCAUCACCUCAACAGAGAUACCAACCACCACCCCGCAUAGCACCACCACCACCACCACCACCCCAAUGCCACCCACCACCACACCCACCAUCAGCUCAACAGAGAUGCCAACCACCACCCCCCAUAGCACCACCACCACCACCACCACCACCCCAGUGCCCCCCACCACCACACCCACCAUCAGCUCAACAGAGAUACCAACCACCACCCCCCAUAGCACCACCACCACCACCACCACCCCAGUGCCACCCACCACCACACCCACCAUCAGCUCAACAGAGAUGCCAACCACCACCCCCCAUAGCACCACCACCACCACCCCAGUGCCACCCACCACCACACCCACCAUCAGCUCAACAGAGAUGCCAACCACCACCCCCCAUAGCACCACCACCACCACCACCACCCCAGUGCCCCCCACCACCACACCUACUACCACCUCAACAGAGACACCAACCCCAGCCCCUACCACCACAGUGGCCCCGACCACCUCACCCACCACUUCACCAACCACCCCCACACCAGAGCCGACCACCACAACCACCACCACUACCGCCUCCACACCAGAGCCGACCACCACCUCACCCAUCACCCCCACACCAGAGCCAACCACCACCACCACCACCACCUCACCCACCACCUCACCCAUCACCCCCACACCAGAGCCAACCACCACCACUGCCACCACCACCUCACCCACCACCUCACCAAUCACCUCCACACCAGAACCGACAACCACCGUGACGACCACUACUACGACAUCCACCGCUACACCAACACCCACCACGACGGUGACCACCAGCACGCCCGGACCAACAUCCACGCCAUGUAUGGAUGAGUGCCGAUGGACGGGCUGGCAAGACAGUGGGAAACCGAGCUUCGGGGGAUCAGGUGGAGACUUCGAGUCCAUUGAGAAGGCCUGUCAGGAAGGCUGGGCAGCCAACAUCUCCUGCAGAGCCGUCAUGUUUCCGGAUCGUCCCAUCGGAGCCCUGGGACAGAAGGUGCUGUGUGACCUCGAAGAGGGGCUGGUGUGCAGAAACCAAGACCAGCUAGGGAUCCCCGGCGGCAUUCCCAUGUGCUACAACUAUGAGAUCAACGUCUACUGCUGUGGGUACUGCUCUACCACCACCACAGUGACCCCGACACCCACACCCACCACCACCACCCAUAGCACCACCACCACCACCACCUCAGUGCCCCCCACCACCACACCCACCGUCAGCUCAACAGAGAUACCAACCACCACCCCCCAUAGCACCACCACCACCACCACCCCAGUGCCCCCCACCACCACCUCAACAGAGAUACCAACCACCACCCCCCAUAGCACCACCACCACCGCCACCCCAGUGCCCCCCCCCACCACACCCACCACCACCUCAACAGAGAUACCAACCACCACCCCCCAUAGCACCACCACCACCGCCAUCACCACCACCACCACACCCACCGUCAGCUCAACAGAGAUACCAACCACCACCCCCCAUAGCACCACCACCACCACCACACCCACCAUCACCUCAACAGAGAUACCAACCACCACCCCCCAUAGCACCACCACCACCGCCACCCCAGUGCCCCCCACCACCACACCCACCACCACCUCAACAGAGAUACCAACCACCACCCCCCAUAGCACCACCACCACCACCACCACCACACCCACCACCACCUCAACAGAGAUACCAACCACCACCCCCCAUAGCACCACCACCACUGCCACCCCAGUGCCCCCCACCACCACACCCACCAUCAGCUCAACAGAGAUGCCAACCACCACCCCCCAUAGCACCACCACCACCGCCACCCCAGUGCCCCCCACCACCACACCCACCAUCAGCUCAACAGAGAUACCAACCACCACCCCCCAUAGCACCACCACCACCACCGUGCCCCCCACCACCACACCCACCGUCAGCUCAACAGAGAUACCAACCACCACCCCCCAUAGCACCACCACCACCACCACACCAACCCCAGCCCCUACCACCACAGUGCCCCCGAUGCCCCCCACCACCACACCCACCAUCAGCUCAACAGAGAUACCAACCACCACCCCCCAUAGCACCACCACCACCACCACCCCAGUGCCCCCCACCACCACACCCACCAUCAGCUCAACAGAGAUACCAACCACCACCCCCCAUAGCACCACCACCACCACCACCACCCCAGUGCUCCCCACCACCACACCCACCAUCAGCUCAACAGAGAUACCAACCACCACCCCCCAUAGCACCACCACCACCACCACCACCCCAGUGCCCCCCACCACCACACCCACCAUCAGCUCAACAGAGAUACCAACCACCACCCCCCAUAGCACCACCACCACCACCACCACCCCAGUGCCACCCACCACCACACCCACCAUCAGCUCAACAGAGAUACCAACCACCACCCCCCAUAGCACCACCACCACCACCACCACCCCAGUGCCCCCCACCACCACACCCACCAUCAGCUCAACAGAGAUACCAACCACCACCCCCCAUAGCACCACCUCCACCUCCCCCUCUACCACGGAGUCAACCACACCUCUGACUACCUCUCCAACAACCGUGAAGACAACCAGCAUUCCUUCACCCCCCACGGAAACGAAGCCCGUGGUCAGCACCCCGGGGAGCACCGUUUCAGGCACGCAGACCACCUCGCCUUCCACACGACCCCCGUCCACCCCCACCCCCACCCACACGACUCUUGCAACAACGACCACGGGAACCCCUACUCCGCCCGGACACCCGUCAACCACACCGAUCACCACCGCCUCCACCGGUUUGCCCACCUCCUCGUCGACCCCGACCGUCACCGCUCACAACAUCACAUUUUGCUGCGUUUUGAAUGACACCUACUAUGACCCAGGUACCCAAGCGCUCUCUGCCGAUCUCAGGGAGAGCGGCUGCCGGGACAGUGGUGGGGAGUCAGGCCCGCGGUCUAGCCCGGGAGCUGCUGGGGAAGCCGCACGCUGCGGGUGGCUGUCCCUGGCCGGCCCCCGCUCGCUGCGGCCACGGCCGGGGACCGGCCUCUCGGACGGCGUAGGGACCGCGCUCUCCCCUGCAGGUGAGAUGGUGUACAACGGCACCCAUGGGGAGACCUGCUACUACGUGAACUGCUCCCUGAACUGCUCCUUUGAGAUCUUCAAUUGGCCCUGCCCGUCCACACCCUCCACGCCCACCACGCCCUCCACGCCGCCCACGCCCUCCACGCCGACAACCCCUUCGACACCCAGCACGUCCACGCCCACCACCCGGCCACCCACCACGUCAAGCACGCCGACCACCACCAAACCCCCCGGGUGCCCAGACUUUGAUCCUCCCAGAAAGGAGAACGAGACGUGGUGGCUGUGUAACUGCACCAUGGCCGUCUGCAAGCACGACAACACGGUGGAGCUGGUGGAGGUGGAGUGCAAGCCCCCGCCCAUGCCCACCUGCUCCAACAACCUCACUCCUGUGCGCGUGAUGGACCCCGACGGCUGCUGCUGGCACUGGGAGUGUGACUGCUACUGCACGGGCUGGGGGGACCCCCACUACGUCACCUUCGACGGGCUCUACUACAGCUACCAGGGCAACUGCACCUACGUGCUGGUGGAGGAGGUGCGGCCCACGGUGGACAACUUCGGGGUCUACAUCGACAACUACCACUGCGACGUCAACGACCAGGUGUCCUGCCCCCGCACGCUGAUCGUGCGCCACGAGACGCAGGAGGUGCUGAUCAAGACCGUGCAGAUGGCGCCCAUGAGGGUCCAGGUGCAGGUCAACAAGCAGGCGGUGGCCCUGCCCUACAAGAAGUACGGGCUGCAGGUGUACGAGUCGGGCAUCAACUACGUGGUCAACAUCCCCGAGCUGGACGCCCUCAUCUCCUACAACGGCCUCUCCUUCACCAUCCGGCUGCCCUACCGCCUGUUCGGCAACAACACCAAGGGCCAGUGCGGCACGUGCACCAACAACACGGCGGACGACUGCGUGCUGCCCAGCGGCGAGGUCGUCUCGGACUGCGAGGUGGCCGCCGACCAGUGGGUGGUGAACGACCCGUCCAAGCCGCACUGUCCCCACACCAGCUUCACCACCAGGCGCCCAGCCACCACGCUCCCCGGGGGCAGCACCGGCCCCAACAGGAACUGCUCCUCUCCUCUCUGCGAGCUCAUCAAGGACAGCCUCUUUGCCCAGUGCCACCCCCUGGCGCCCCCCCAGCACUACUACGAGGCCUGCGUGUUCGACACCUGCAGCGUGCCCAACUCGGGCCUGGAGUGCGCCAGCCUGCAGACCUACGCGGCCCUCUGUGCCCACGAGGGCGUCUGCAUCGACUGGAGGAACCACACCCACGGGGCCUGCCCGGUGACGUGCCCGGCUCACAGGGAGUACCGGGCCUGCGGUCCCGCGGAGGAACCCACCUGCAAGUCCAGUCUGCCCACCCCCAGCACCCCGCAGAACAGCACGCUGCUGGUGGAAGGCUGCUUCUGCCCCGAGGGCACCAUGAACUACGCCCCCGGCUUUGACGUCUGCGUGGAAGUGUGUGGCUGUGUGGGGCCUGACAACGUGCCCAGAGAGUUUGGGGAGCACUUUGAGUUCGACUGCAAGGACUGUGUCUGCCUGGAGGGUGGGAGUGGCAUCGUCUGCCAGCCCAAGAAGUGCAGCCAGGAGCCGCCCGCCCAGUGCAAGGAGGACGGCACGUACCUGGUCACGGAGGUCAACCCCGCGGACACCUGCUGCAACAUCACCUUCUGCAAGUGCAACACCAGCCUGUGCGAGGAGAAGCCCCCGCAGUGCCCGCUGGGCUUCGAUGUGAAGAGCGAGAUGAAACCCGGGCGCUGCUGCCCCUUCUACUCAUGCGUGCCCAAGGGCGUCUGUGUUGUUGGGAACGCUGAGUACCAGCCCGGCUCCCCAGUGUACUCCUCCAAGUGCGAGACCUGCGUCUGCACCAACAUCACAGACAGCGCCACGCAGCUCAACAACGUGUCCUGCAGCCACGUGCCCUGCCCCAGCACCUGCAACCCCGGCUUUGGGCUGGUGACCGUCCCGGGCGAGUGCUGCAAGAAGUGCGAGCAGACGGACUGCAUCAUCAACAGGCCGGGCGGCCAGAACCUCAUCCUGAAGCCCGGGGACAUGAAGAGUGAUCCCAAGAACAACUGCACCUUCUUCAGCUGCGUGAAGAUCCACAACCAACUCAUCUCGUCCGUCUCCAACAUCACCUGCCCCGACUUCGACCCCAGCGCCUGCCUCCCGGGCUCCAUCACGCUCAUGCCCAAUGGCUGCUGCAAGAAGUGCAUCCCUCGCAAUGAGACCAAGGUCCCCUGCUCCACCAUCUCCGAGACCAAGGAGAUCUCGGAAGGCGGCUGCACCAAGAAGGUCCUCAUGAACUACUGCUCCGGGUCCUGCGGGACCUUCGCCAUGUACUCGGCCGAGGCGCAGGCGCUGGACCACAAGUGCUCCUGCUGCAAGGAGGAGCGCACCAGCCGGCGGACGGUGGAGCUGCUCUGCCCCGACGGCUCCUCGCGCAGCCACACCUACACCCACAUCGAGAGCUGCCUGUGCCAGGACACGCUGUGCGAGCUGCCGCCCCAGCGCAGGGGGCCCGGCCGCGCCCGCCGCUCCGGGGCCCUGGGCCUGUCUCCCAGCCGGGGCUGA